GGACGAUACUCAUCUGAUCCUGGCUUCUGAACAGGUAACAAUGGAGUAUUCCAGUGGGAAGUACAGAAUUUUAGGAUACCAUACCUUACGAACUUAUCCAAGUAGGUUUGUAUGUUUCUCUUUGCCUUUUGAAGUAUGUGGUACUGUCGUAGACUCACAGGAUAGGCCCCAAGCUUCAACUCAAUAUGUAUAGGUGGAAUAGUACGGGCAAGCCCUGGUGGAUUAUUUUCUGCCCAUACUCUUGGAAUGUCAAAUAGGGAUUCAUCACUCUUAGGGUUUACACUUGUCAUUAUCGUGUAGAAGCGCCAUUCUUCUUCCCUUGGCACCGAUAUCGCCAUUAUACCCGAUGAUCCAUUAAACUUCAGGGAUGUCGAUCCAUUGGGUAAAAAGGUUAUCUGGGCUUGAAGCUUUGAUAAUAAAUCUCAUCCUAGAAGUUGGAUUGGACACUCAGGCAUAUAUAGGAAUUGGUGCUUCACCAAAUGGCCUCCCAGAAUGCAAGUGCGACUCUUAAGAACCGGUCUAGCAGCGCUCUUCCCAGUUGCUCCUAUUACUGUUAUGGUUUUUCCUGAAGGAGGAGCAACUAAUUUGGUCACCAUGGAAUGUUCAGCCCCAGUAACAAUCAUGAAAGGACUUCUCUUUCCCCCAAUUGCUACAUCGACCAUAGGCUCCGCUCGGCCAAAGGGAAUGGAGCCCGGUCGGUAUCAAUAGUCCUCCAUAACAGUGUCAGCCAGAACCACAAAAUCUCUAUUCUUUCUCUAGGUCUCUGCGUGGGUGGAUAAUAUCUGUCCCCUUGAACACUUCCUCUAUUAUUCCCACUAUUUCCUUCAAAACUUCCUCUUCCUCUGCCUCUAUAGUUACCACCAUAACCUCCCCGCACUCUUCUCUCUUCUUGUCGGUCAUUUUCAUAAUGCGCUCUCUGCGGGCAUUCAUUCCUCCAAUGUCCUUCCUCUCUACAGUAUGCACACUGAUUCCUGCUUAGUGGUCCCCUAUUCAACCUAUUUUCAACUCCUCUAUUCACCUCCCUUCCAUGUCUCUCUACACUUGUAAUAGCUACCGCUAGCAUAUCUACCUUCUUCCUCAUUUUACGUUCUUCCUCCCUCUUUGUCGCUGUUUCUCUAUUUAUGUAUACUUUAUUCGCAAUCUCCAUCAACUGUGAUAUAGACAUUCCUACAAAUCCCUCUAACUUCUGUAAUUUCCUUUUAAUAUCAUUUUAGGCCUGGCUGACAAAGGCCGAGUUAACCAUUCGGGAAUUCUCAGGAGCCUCUGGAUUAAAAGGAGUAUACAAUCUGUAUGCCUCCAGUAAUCUUUCAUAAAAGGCACUUGGUGACUCGUCAGCUUUCUGCAACACCUCAGCCGUCUUUGACAUAUUGAUUGCCUUUUUCCCUCCUGCCUUCAUGCCAGCAAUAAUGGCUUCCCGUCAACGUGUGUUGGGCCCGGUGUAAGUCGGAGAGGCAUUUGGUAAUGUCGGGGUUGGAGGGUACCAGUCAUCUGUCGGGUUAAUACAGGGCUUCAGUAAGGUUGUUUAGUAUUAAGUUCCGGUCUAGGGGUAGUGAGACAAGGAGAUGGGGACAACUGGUUUUUACUAAACGAAAGGUCAGUUAACAGGAUAUUCCGGGCUGUGCUGGGAGGAGCCUGACCAGGAACCAGAAAUGACAUCAGAUCCGCAUAUGCAGGACUAAUGGGGGUAGGUACCGGAAGGAGAGGGCUUAAGGCAAGUGGGCUGGGCUCUGAGCUGGAUGAAUGAGUGGGAAGAGACACUAGGGUAGGGGGAGUGGGAAUACUGGCAACACCUCUUCUAGCCUUGGAGGAGUAAGGGGAUGGUAGAGGAAGCUCAGACUCAGUGGGCGUAUCUAAAAUGUUGCGGCCCUGAUGGACAGGCGAGUCCUGGCCACCAUGAGGCGACAUUGCUCCUCGUGGCAUACUUUAAUCCAUUUGGGCAAUCCUUCCAGAACCUGUUUCCAUCAAUCAAUGUACGGAAACUGAUCAUAAAAUUCAGGCCUACUAGAUACAGCCACGUGUACACGCUGCACUAGAUUUGGAUCAAGACUACCACGUGGAGGCCGUGUGGUCACCAAAAUAGGCCAUUCUCUGCUACACAAUGUAGUCAGACGCUUUGGGGAUAAUUUUACCCCCAAAUCACAAACAUUGUAUCCCUUUGCAAAAUUGUUUAGCAUACAUGACAAGGGAUCAACGAUCUUUGAAUCAGACACACCCAUACUUAGCAAUGGAGCGUCGAAUUCAAAGAAACACAACAAACACACUCCCAACAGUCACACCUGUUUCCCUGGCAACAGCACCUUGUGGCACAGUUACUAGGCCAAACACACACAAAAACACGCGGAGAAUUCUCAUACACACACACACAGUGAUAACAUGACGUCUUCACACACAAAGAUUCACCAAACACUAGAUACUUAUCUCUGUAACUAUAGAUCAAACCCUGCAAUCAUCCACGCAGUAAAUCAACUUUCAAUUACCCGACUAUAACACACUCCAGUAACAUCGUCUUUACAAUCAGUAGUUACAGUACAGUUUUAGAAUCACAGGUCAAUUAGUAACAGUUAUGGUGUUACACAUAUAACACAAAACAACAGGUUUUUAGUAGUUAUAUACAAUACACAAUGUCAGUAAUUAUAAUAAAGGUUAGUGGUUAUGGUAUUGUGCACUAUUAUACAGUUAUACACACAAUUUACACUCCCACUAGAUGGCAGAGCUCAAGCUUUCUAGCAGGACAUACAAUUUAACCAAUUCACCAGUUCACCAACUACAGUAUAUCUAACAAUAUUUACAAUAAUCCCAACUAUUCUAAUUGGCCAGCACCUUGAGAACUAUCGAACUAUUUACACCAGGAUUCGGUUAGUCUACGCUGCCCAAGCACCACAAAUAGCAAACUAAUGAGCGGAAUUUACAACAGGACUCAUUUAGUCUAUUUACUCUAUCAAUAGUCUAGUGGUUGAAUUUACACGCCUCCCACUUAGCCAAGAUAGGUUGAGAUCUAGCAGACGGGAUGUACACCAGAGUUCUGCAUAGUCUCCCAGUCCCCCUGACCUAGCAACCAAAAUUUACACCUAGAUACACUAGUCAAGACAGGACACCGGUGUCCGGCCUUAACUAUUUACACCAAGAUUCAGCCUGACCCAAACCACCUGUACUAGACGGGCUGACUACAGCGCGUCUAAUGUCAACAUAAGCGGUGCGCCUUCGCUUCUUCCUUCCAGAGGGAAGGGGCAGAUUCCUUACAACCAAACCAAUUCCAAAUACAAACCCCUUGUGGGCCUACCGCUUUAACGGUAUUCAUCUUACCUCUUCGUUACUGGACCUGGGCUUCACACUCAUCGACGGGGCACCCCAGUAUUCACUUCGCAGAAGCCGAUAAUCUCCUGGACAAAAGGCCAGUGGCGCCGAGACGAAAGGAAGUCCACGCAGAAAUCCAGGGGUGCUGCCGUGGAGAAUUUGGGUACAAAUCUACCGUCUCACGUCUCUGUUUCAGCUACCGUGACGAUGAGCUUCCCAGCCAAUGCACCAGAGAUGUAACCGUGGAAGUUUGCAGAAACUAAACACAGAGAGAUGGACACAGGUAUUCAGGAAGUAAGAGACUUUUAUUCACGUACCGAUCGGGUGUCAGAUGGACUAAUGUUCCACAACAGAUCUGAGCCCCGAACACAUGGAGUACAUUCCUUAUAUAGCAAUAUAGCUCCUCCCAUAAAUAGCUACACCCACACAUACCCUUAACCAAUCAAUGAACAGAGUCUGGACUUGCUCAUCCGGUCAGACCACAUGGCUCAUCCGAAACAAAGGAGUGUGAUUUCAGUUCCUACAUUCCUGCACAUGCUCAGUACAUUGAUGACAGUAUCUUAGCUACGUGUAACUAACUAAUUAUACUACAAACACAAGUACCUAUAUAUGCCACGUGGCAAUCUUGGCCUACUAAACUUCUAUUUUACUGGAAUUCCAUCACAUUACCUGCAGUUGCAGGCUUGCAUGUAUUCUUCAGUUGAUGUGUGCCAUAUGGUAUUGCUUUGAUCUAUACCUGAAAUGCAGGGUUAGGAUAGGUUUGUUAUUCUCUGUACGGUUAAUCUAUAUGCUACAUGCUUUUUACCCUGCAUUGCUUACUUUGGAUAGUCAAGUCUUACUUGGCUGAUGUAUACAUUGGCUUAAAAAGUGUCUGAUGUUGAGUUAAUAAAAAAUUGUAAUACCAGGCUUUAGCCCUGGCAAGCUUUUUAUUUCUGAAUAUAUAUCAGAAAUUAUUACUUGGCUUCAUUGGGACAUGUUUCAGUCUUUAUCAUUUUCAAAUGACCCAGCGGACAAUUUCAAACAAUUUGAUUAGAAUUACCAUUUUAAUCCAUCCACUCCCAUAGUUUGAGAUUCUGGGUCGUUUUCCCCCUGGUUCAGAUGUAAUUUGUGUUUUGUAGCUGAAUCAAAUAUAGCAAAUAUAUCUCUUUUUUUAGUGAUUGCCAUGGAUAAGAAAGGUGAAGGUAAAAGAAAACAGAAAGGUGGAGCAAAAAAAGUAAAAAAAUAAAAAAAAAACAUUGUUAGAAAAAGAUGAACACCAGUAUCAAAAAAGUCAGUAGCUUUUUUAAGAUAGGGUCAACAAAACUUGACUUGCCACCUGUAUCUCCACCUGAAGACAUUGGUGCUAGCUGUAGCACAGCAAUGCAUAGCGCUAUGCAAAGCACUGUAUAGAUACCGAUGCAGGUGAAGAUAUUCACCACAGUAUUGGAGCUCCUGUUGAGCUAGAAACUGAUGAACAUAAAGAAUCAUUAGCACAAGAAGAUAUACCAGCAGUUGUUGGCAUUAAGGAGGGCAUGUCUGACACAUUUGAUCAUAAAAUGUGGUUUAUCAGACCAAAUUCUGAAAAUUUGGAUUCCUUAUUGUUUCAUCCAUGUCAACCAGUUGUCCUUUCUUUUAAUUCAACAAAGUUAUAUCAGAGGAGGGAUGGAAAGAAGCAUCACUGGUUGACUUAUUCACAUGGACAUGGUGCUUUUUUCUGCAUGGUGUGUCUAGCUUUCAGCAAAAAGACAGACGACAGUGCUUUUAUUGGUGGUUGCAUUGAUGAAAAAUCACAUAUACCAGAGAAUUGAAGAGCAUGAAAGAAGCAACCUCCACAAUAAUAGCUCUGAAUCCUUUUUGAUGAGGUCAAAGAAUAUGGACAUAUCUAGUCAUUUCUUUGAGAAACAAACAGCCAGAAAAGAAAAAGUGAAGAGAAAACGUGCCAGCCUAGAGAGGAUAAAUGAAACCAUCAAGCUGAUUGGAAAAAGAGACCCAAGCUAUCGGGCAACAGCUGAAGCAGCAUAUAUGUUAGAUAAUGAAAAGUUGGACCAUGGAAAUUUCCUUGAGAUUUUGCUACUCCUAAGCAAGUUUGAUCCCAUGCUGAAAAAUCACCUUGAUACAGUUCUUUAAAAAAGUAAAAAGCAACAUCAAAGUGCAAGAAGUAGCAAAGGACGUGGUGGCUUUGUUACAUUAAUUUCAAAAACUACAGUGAACAAUAUCAUCUGUGUAAUUUCAGCACUUUGAAAAAAAAAGGUAUUGCCCAAGAGAUCAGAAAUGCUGGCAUGUUCUCAAUACAACACAGGAUAUCAAUGUCUCAGACCAGUGUUCAAUAAUAAUUCGGUAUGUUACAGAUGUGAUCCAUGAACGUCUGGUUGCUGUGGUAAAUUGCACAUCCAUGACAGGGAAGGCUUUGUGUGAACUGGUUUGCAAUGUAUUGGAAUCCAUGGAAAUUGAAGUUACAAACUGUAUUGGGAACUCAACAGAUGGAGCUUCUAAUAUGCAGGGUCAGUACAACGGAUUCAGCACAUGGCUGAGAAAUAAAACACCUGGCCAGAUUCAUGUGUGGUGCUAUGCACAUGUACUAAAUCUGGUGAUGAUGGAUGUCACAAAGAUAUCGGUUCAGGCAAUAUUGUUGUUCGGCUUGUUAAACUCCUGUGCUGUAUUUAUCCAUGAAUCCUACCUCCGCAUGAAUGUAUGGUGUGAAAAGUCUCAGGAAGAAAGAUUUCGAUCUCUUUCUGUGAUUGGAGAAACGAGAUGGUGGCCCAGAGAUGCAGCACUUACAAAUGUGUUUGGUUCGAUCCAGACCUUGGCAGAGAUAUCACAUUCUGAUCAUUUUAAUGCUGACAUAAGAUACAAGGCUGGAACUUACUUAGAAUCCCUCAAAAGAUUCCACACAGUUAUAACGGCACAGCUGUACUAAUUUUGUUUUCAAGAAUACCACUCCACUAUUCAUGUACCUGCAAACACAAGGUAUGUAUGUACUGCAGGCAUACUGAAUGGUGACAGAACCGGUAAACUUGCAAGCACAUGAUCGUGAUUAACAAAUUCUGGGCAAACAGCAAGUUGGAUACAACUGAUUGCAAAGUUUUGAUUGAGGAAGAUUUUCCAUCACCUCGAAGAAUACAACGUAAGAAAAGAAUAACUGGUGAGCUUGCAGUAGACAAACCAAUUCUGUUAGCAAGUGAUCAAUUCCGGGUGGAGGUGUACAAUGUGACCUUGGGCAAGAUCAUUAAUAGUCUGCAUAGCCGAUUUACAACACACGGUCAGUUAUUUGCAGAUUUAACAUGUUUCCCAAAAAAUGUUAAGAUAUUUUAGUAGAGUGAAAAUGAAAAUCCAGCGCACUCGCUUAUCUACUAAACAGUCAUUUCAAUGCUGAACAAUUUUCAGUUUUAUUAAAAACACCUAAUCUAGGCAAAAAAAUAUAAUGGGGGUUUAGUUACAGUAUAUGAUCAUACAUUGCAUAAGCUUGCCACAACGUCAAUGUACCCCAUCUUAGGCAGGUCCUACUCUGUCUGCUAAAUGAGCUUCUCACUUGGGGAAAUCCUUCCAUCUCGAGGUCUCUGCAGUACAAUGCUUAAAUAGGAUCCUGAGAUGAGGGACCUGUAACAGGGAGGGGUGCAAAACCCAUGGAGCUGGCUAAACUCCUAAAUAUAUACAUAUAUGAGAAAAUAAGGGUUUGGCUGCACUCACCUACACAUGCUAAAUUAGGGUGCUGCUGGGGGCCAAUAAGUACAGUGAAAAUGAAAAUCCAGCGCACUCGCUUAUCUACUGUGCGCUGGAUUUUCAUUUUCACUGUACUUAUUGCCCCCCAGCAGCACCCUAAUUUAGCAUGUGUAGGUGAGUGCAGCCAAACCCUUAUUUUCUCAUAUAUGUAUAUAUUUAGGAGUUUAGCCAGCUCCAUGGGUUUUGCACCCCUCCCUGUUACAGGUGCCUCAUCUCAGGAUCCUAUUUAAGCAUUGUACUGCAGAGACCUCGAGAUGGAAGGAUUUCCCCAAGUGAGAAGCUCAUUUAGCAGACAGAGUAGGACCUGCCAAAGAUGGGGUACAUUGACGCUGUGGCAGGCUUAUGCAAUGUAUGAUCAUAUACUGUAACUAAACCCCCAUUAUAUUUUUUUGCCUAGAUUAGGUGUUUUUAAUAAAACUGAAAAUUGUUCAGCAUUGAAAUGACUGUUUAGUAGAUAAGCGAGUGCGCUGGAUUUUCAUUUUCACUGUACUUAUUGGCCCCCAGCAGCACCCUAAUUUAGCAUGUGUAGGUGAGUGCAGCCAAACCCUUAUUUUCUCAUAUAAAGAUAUUUUAGUAGACCUUCCCAGCAGUGCAUUAGAAUGACUGAGUAGCCUUGUAUUCAAAUUUGACUCCAAUGCAACUAAAGUGAAACUGCAAAGUGAGAUACUUGAUUUUGCAUCAAAGUGGCAAAGAUUCACUUGAUCAAGAAUAUACUGAUGCUAAUAAUGAAGGUCAAGAUGAAGACACCAUCCAUUCUCAUCUUAUCUCUGAAACUGAGAAACAGCCGUACUCAAAUGUUAGUGAUAAAAGUUGAAAGUGCAAAACUUGUAAGAGCUGUAUAGCCUGCUUCUACAAUGUAUUAUUGCGUUACAACUUAGACAGUUGGACGUAUAGUUCACUUUUUAAUGCAUACAAAUUGACACUGACAAUUUCCUCCUCUCAAGUAGCUUGUGAGAGGUAAUUUUCAAAACUUAAAUACAUCUUGAAUAGACUGAAAAAUUCCCUCUCUCAAACACAUUUGGAGGCCCUUAUGCUUAUGUCUGUGGAGAAAAAUGCCAUGAUUGGACCAAGCAAUGAAACCAUCAUUGAUGUUUUGGCUUCGAAAAGCAGCUUGCUACAAGUGAUGUUGCUUACAUAACUUACAAGCAUGUCAGUAAAUUACAAUGUUGGUUAAUAUUUAUUUUUCUAAAUUUUGACUGGAUUCGUUUUUUGUUUUUUUUUGUUUUAAGUUAUAAUUACUUUUAUAAGUUGUUACAUAUUUUAUCCUCUAAAACAUUAGAAAAAAGUUUACACGUUGCAGCCUCCUAAAGCAGGGCUGCCCAACAUGCACCCUCCCCAGAUGUUACUGAACUACAACUCCCAUGAUUCUCUGGCUGUUUCAUUAAAAGAAUCAUGGUAGUUGUAGCUCAGCAACAUCUGGGGGGCCACAGGUUAGACAGGUCAGUCCUAAAGAGUAAUGAGCCCUGUUUUUAUCUACUGUUAAACUAAUUUACUUGUUUUAAAGCACUUUUUUGAGUAAUGUUUGUACAUUACAUUUUGAAAACUGUUGCUUGCCAUGAUACUGGUACAAUUUUCCUGUUCUAAAAUUGGACUAGAAAGCUAGUUAGCAAUAUGUUUCAAGGUAUUUAAACUUUAUUGAAUUCCAAAGGUUUUUGCACAUUUUGUACUGUUACAGAAUUAACAGCAAGUUUAUUAUAACUGUUACAAUAUUUAAUUUCUCUCUAGUAAAAUAUUUGCACUUUUUGUUACCUCUAAAAGUGUAUUUGCAUUUACUACUGUUUUGUGUGUUUAUGAGUAAUUUAUAUAUGUUAAGUUAAAAAAAGUUUUGAAACUAUUUGUGUUUUAUAUACUUUGAAGUAAAGCUCUAUGAUUAUUCUUUAUUUGGACAAUUUUGAUGGGACAGACACAAUUACAUGGGAUAAUGGUCUACUGUGAUAUUUGGAACAAUGGGAAUUCUACAUAAGAGAGCUAUCGUGGGGCAAAGUUCUAAAUGUAGUCUAAUCACCAUAGCAAUAAAUGGUCUACACUUGAUGAUUGCUCCAUGUUUACACCUUUUUUGCUCUUUAUGUAUAAGGCAUUGUGUGCUUUUAUAUCGGUCUUAUCUAUAAAUAAUUCACUCUUCAAAUGUGCUUUAAAAUGCAUGAUUUUACCUUUUAUGAACAGGAAAAUUACGUUGUGCUGGUAUAAUUACGCAAUGUUAUGGGGACUAGUAUGUUAUUUUUUCCAGGGCUGGUUUUCAUACCCAGUCCGGCCCUGGUACACCCCUCACAUUUUUGUAAAUAUUUUAUAUAUCUUUUCAUGUGUCAUCACUGAAGAAAUAACACUCUGCUACAAUGUAAAGUAGUAAGUGUACAGCCUGUAUAACAGUGUAAAUUUGCUGUCCCCUCAAAAUAACUCAGCACACAGCCAGUAAUGUCCAAACCGUUGGCAACAAAAGUGAGUACAUCUCUAAGUGGAAAUGUCCAAAUUGGGCCCAAAGUGUCAAUAUUUUGUGUAGCUGCCACAUUUUCCAGCACUGCCUUAACCCUCAUGGGCAUGGAGCUUCACAGGUUGCCACUGGAGUCCUCUUCCACUCCUCCAUGACGACAUCACAGAGCUGGUGGAUGUUAGAGACCUUGCGCUCCCUUACCUUCUGUUUGAGGAUGCCCCACAAAUGCUUAAUAUGGUUUAGAUCUGGAGACAUGCUUGGCCAGUCCAUCACCUUUACCUUCAGCUUCCUUAGCAAGGCAGUGGUCAUCUUGGAGGUGUGUUAGGGGGCCCUCAAUGAACUAUAGCUCCCCAGUUCCGGCAGCAUUCAUGCAGCCCAGGCCAUGACACUCCCACCACCAUGCUUGACUUCAGGCAAGACACACUUGUCUUUUUACUCCUCACCUGGUUGCUGCCACACACGCUUGGCACCAUCUGAACCAAAUAAGUUUAUCUUGGUCUCAUCGGACAACAUGACAUGGUUCCAGUAAUCCAUGUCCUUAGUCUGCUUGUCUUCAGCAGACUGUUUGUGGGCUUUCUUGUGCAUCAUCUUUAGAAGAAGCUUCCUUCUGGGACAACGGCCAUGCAGACCUAUUUGAUGCAGUGUGCGGCGUAUGGUAUGAGCACUGACAGGCUGGCCCCCUACCCUUCCAACCUUUGCAGCAGUGCUGGCAGCACUCAUACGUCUAUUUCCCAAAGACAACCUCGGGAUAUGACGCGGAGCAUGUGCACUCAACUUCUUUGACCAUGGCGAGGCCCAGUCCCGUACACACAAUUAAUGGGGCCCCGGUGCAAAACUGAUCCAUAGAGGCCCCCUCCACCGCCACCCCAUACAGACACACACAGAGAUACACUCAGACACACAUACAUACUUACAGACACACAUACAGACAGGUACAUACAAACAGACACACACACAGAUACUGUCACGUAUUCAUCCGCUUAUAAAAAUGUGGUUAAUGACAUUUACUGUCCACACAGGAAAAGUUGUGCCGAGCAGCAAUCUAAUCCACAGAAGGGUUAAUGCUGAGCAGCAAUUAUGCAAAUGUAACCGGCCAUAUUCCAAGACUUUAUAAAUGAUGUACUCAUGGAAUUCAUUUACUCAUUUGUCUUGGUUUAUUUGGACGAUAUUUUGGUGUAUUCCCCUGAUCUUCAAACUCACCACUCCCAUGUGAAACAGGUUCUGCAGACGUUGUUGAAAAAUAAACUUUAUUGUAAAUUAGAAAAGUGCAUAUUUGACCAGCCUGAAGUCCACUUUUUGGGUUACAACAUCUCUGCAUCGGGAUUUCAAAUGGAUCCUAAAAAACUAGAGGCUGUACUACAAUGGCCAUUACCCUCUGGCUUAAAAGCCAUUCAAAGGUUUAUUGGUUUUGCCAACUAUUACAGAAGAUUCAUCAAGGGAUUUUCUUCUGUAAUAGCCCCCAUCACUAAUAUGACUCGCAAAGGGGUUAGUAGCACGGUAUGGUCCAAAGAGGCUGUGAAUGCUUUUGAGACUCUUAAACAAAGAUUUCCCUCUGCGGACAUACUAAAACAUCCUGACACCAGUAAACCUUUUAUAUUGGAGGUUGAUGCAUCCGAGACAGGGGCAAGGGCUGUUCUCUCUCAGAGAUAAAGCCAGGGAACACCAUUGCAUCCUUGUGGCUACUUCUCCAGAAAGAUGUCUCCUGCUGAGCGCAACUACGAUAUUUGCAAUAGAGAACUGUUGGCCAUUAUUCUUGCCCUCUUUUGGAGGGUUCCAAGGACCUCUUAUUGAUCAUAACCGACCACAAAAACCUGGCAUAUAUAGGGGAUGCCAAACGUUUGUCUUCCAGACAGGCUAGAUGGUCACUGUUCCUUUCACAUUUUAACUUCCUCAUCACUUAUUGACCUGGUUCUAAAAAUACCAAGUCUGAUGCCUUGUCCAGGCAAUUUGGUAAUGAGUCAGCUCCGGAAUAGGUGACAUCUAUUCCACCAGAGUGUAUUAUUGCUACUACUAUCCUCUCACUGUCUUCUCCACUGCUUGGCACCAUACUGGAGGCCCAGCCUCAGGCGCCCAGUGGUAAACCGUGUGAUAAACUGUUCGUUACCCUAUGUGAAAGGGUUAAUAUCAUGAAAGUGUUCCAUGACAAUGUAACUGCUGGACACCCGGGCAUCAAUAAGUCCACUGCCGCGAUCACUAGAUCAUUUUGGUGGGAUUCACUCAGGAAAGAUGUUAAGGAGUAUGUGCAGGCAUUUUCUGUGUGUGCAGUUUCUAAGGUGACUCAUGCACUUCCUUGUGGCCGGUUACAGCCAAUCAGAUCUAGAGGAGGGGUAUUUAGGCCCAGUUCUCAUCCUGCUCAGUGCCCUGUCAUGGUUUCCCUUGUGGUUGUCCGAGAGCACGUUCCUGUUUAUAGUUUUCUACCUGUUUUUUUACUUUGGCUUUGUUUAUUGACUACUCUAUAUUCUGGUAUCCUGCCUCCUGGUUUUUCUCAUUGCUGCGUCCCUUUCUGUGUUACCUGACCUCGGCUAGUAUGUGCUAUACAGUUCCACGUGCUGGAUCAAACAGUAAUCCUGACAGAUACAGACAGAUACAUAGACACACACGCAUACAGGCAUACAUACAUACACAGACAGAUACAUACAGACACAUGUAUAGAAACAUACACACAUACAGACACACACAUUCACACAGAUACAGACGCAUACUUAGACAGACACACAUACACUAACACACACAUGCAAAAUAUAUUUUAGUCACCCUCCUAUUACCUACCUUUUAGGUACAGGAGGGUGACUUCCCUGGGGUCCAGUGGCUCAGGUUGAUGGGAGUCAAAGUUCCCACUCUGACUCCCUCUCCUUCCUCCCGCGCAGUUUCCAGUGGUUGCUGGGAGGAGUGACCAGGACAGUCACUUCCUCCCAGCAUCUGACAUCAUCAGAGGGGGCCCGAUCGUGCUGCUACCGGGCCCACUCUGAUGAUGAUAUUCAUUUCCAUUAACAGCAUGGGCCACCCGAUGGACCCCUUCACGUGUGGCCCCGGCAAUUAUACCACGUGGCCCGUGCCGCAGCACAUGACAGCGGGAACCCGGAGUGACGGGCCUGGUCGCAGCUGCGACCCCUGUGAACGCAGUAUGUACGCCACUGGCGGGGCCUAUUCUGAGUGAAACUUGUCCUUUGAAACCGCUGUAUUGUCUUGCCCACUGUGCUGCAGCUCCGUUUCAGGGUCUUGGCAAUCUACUUAUAGCCUAGGCCAUCUUUAUGUAGAGCAACAAUUCUUUUUUUCAGAUCGUCAGAGAGUUCUUUGCCAUGAGGUGGCCUGUUGAACUUUCAGUGACCAGUGUGAAAGAGCGAGAACAUCAGACCUUGUAACACUAACAAGUCACAUGACACCAGGAAGGGAAAAUGGCUAAUUGGGUCCAAUUUGGACAUUUCCACUUAGGGGUGUACUCACUUUUGUUGCCAAUGGUUUAGACAUUAAUGGCUGUGUGUUGGGUUAUUUUGAGGGGACAGCACAUUUACAAUGUUAUACAGGCUGUACACUUACUACUUUACAUUGUAGCAGAGUGUAAUUUCUUCAGUAUUAUCACAUGAAAAGAUAUAAUAACAUUUUUCCCACCCAGAGAAUUUUCCACACCCAGCUGUGGCGAAACGCGUCCUGGGAUUUGUGAGCAAAGGACUCUAUUUUUGGACUCACAUUGCCGAAUUAGUGUGUGUUUUUUCGUUUUUAUUUUUUUUAUAUAUUUGUUUAUAGUUAAAGAAGCACUAUAGCCACCAAAAUAACUUUUGCUUAAUAAAGCAGUUUUGGUGCAUAGAACAUGCCCCGGCAGCCUCACUGCUCAAUUAUCUGCCAUUUAGGAGUUAAAUCACUGUUUAUGAAUCCUAGUCACACCUCCCUGCAUAUGACUUGCACAGCCUUCCUAAAGACUUCCUGUAAAGAGUCAUCUAAAGUGUAUCCCCUCUUUAUUGCAAGUUUUGUCUAAUUUAGAUUUUCUUAUCCCCUGCUAUGUUAAUAGCUUGCUAGACCCUGCAGGAGUCUCCUGUGCGUGAUUAAAGUUCAAUUUACAGAGCAAGAGAUGAAAUUGGUUAAGGUAAAUCACAUCUGAUUGAAAGGGAAACCAUUUUUUUUUUUAAUGCAGGCUGUGUCAAUCAGAGCCAGGAAAAGUGUGACAAGGGCCGCAUAAACAGAAACAAAGUGGUUUAACUCCUAAAUUGCAGUGAAUUGAGCAGUAAAACCUGAGAGGCAUGAUCUAAAUACUAAAACUGCUUAAUUAAGCUCAAGUUGUUAACAUGACUAUAGUGUUCCUUUAAACAAAGUGUACAUUUUUAUUAACACACCCACUGCAUUUUUACCUGCAACUACAAAGAGAGAAUGUGGUCCUUAACCACAUACGCUAUUCGAUUUGAGCCUAUAUGUAAGGCUCUGGGUUUGUGAGUACCAUUUAACUUAAAUGUUACCACUAAAAGGAGAAUUACAAUAUUGCACCAUAUUUGUUCUUUCUUAUAACAUUACAUAGGAUAAAAACAUUCAGAACAUUUCUGAAAGAGGGGAAAGGGUCGCCUCAAUGGACCCUAAAAGUGCAUAAAUUGAGCUAUAUUCACUAGCUGAAAAAAAUGAACAUCACAUUUAUACUAGGAUCCCAGAAUGGGGUACUCAAUAAAGGUAUAUAUGUGUUUCGAUUGCCUUAUUUCACAGCACAGUUCUUAGAUAUCGAAUCCUUACGGUCUUUAAAUAUAGCGUUUCACCAUCACAUUUGUUCCAUAUAAAAAAAUAUUUACAAAACUGUGAGGAGUGUACUCACUUUUGUGAGAUACUGUAGGUCCAAAGUUGGACUAUAUGUUGAAGUAGAAGAGUGAACCGGAUGAGGAAUACACAAUAGAUGAGUGGCAUGACUUCCUUCUCAUGCUGAAAGGCAUUACACAAUGUGUUAAUCAUCUGAAAUCUCAUUAUAAAUCAGUAUACAGGUGGUACCUAACUCCAUCGAGGCUUUCUAAAUUACAACUUUGUGUCACGGCAAGGGUGCUUAAUUCAUUGUUGCACAAUAGAAUAGUAAUGUAAUUUGUGUACUGCGUAUAUGAAUUAACCACUUAAUAAAUAUCAGAUGACAGAAGGAGUAGUGUCAUAGGAAUAUGAAAGGGAGCAGUUGGUUUACCAUAUGCAUCGAUCCUUUUCAAAAGCUCUGUGAGGUGUGAGCAAUCACACAUAUGUGGCCUUAAAAGUCUGGUUUACAUAUAAACCUACUCUCUAAUGUGGUAUAUGUGUAGGUUCCCUCUUAUAUUUGUUAAUGUCCAUUAGCCCUGUUCCAGUAUCCAUAUCCAAAAGAAAAAAACAUUAAUAUUUACCCACAGAAUAAUAAUUAAGCCUAAUUUCUGUUAUAUUUGGAUUGUGACAAGCACCAUCUUCUAAACAAGGCCAAACAUCACAAGAGAUUGUGAUGUCCGCUAUAUUGGGUCACAAGUAAGAAGUUGACUUACCUAUGGAAUGGAAAUAUAAUAAAUUUGUGCCAGAACCAGCGGUGUCCAUGAAAACAUGUGAAAAUGUAUGCAGGCAAUUGUGCUGGGAGGGUGGGGAGGCAGAAUGAGCAUGUGUGCCAGUCUUUGUCAGAACUAGAAAUGUCUACAAUACCAUGUGGGAAUGGGCAAAAACAACUUCACGGGGAUGUAGGGCAGGAUGAGCAUGUGUGCCUAUCUAAGUCAGAGCCAGGGUUGUUUGAGAUGUGAAAGCACAUGUGGAUUAACUCAUUGGGAGUCAGGGCAGGAUAAGUUUGUAGGUCCACCUGUGUCUCAGCCAGGAGUUGAUCCGGGGCAAGAUUGAGGAGCUAUGGUAGAUUGUGAGAAGAUGGCCUGGCUGGGAGAGAAAAGUGUGUGAGUGUGCGCAACAUUCUGUGCCUGACCAAGGGAUGUCAACGGUGCCCUUCGAAAAUGUACAGGAAAAGCCUUCUAACGAGAGGGGGAUGAAUGAAUAUAUGUGCCAAAAUGUGCCUGAAGCAAAUGUGCUGUGUAAAAAUGUAGAGCGACAGCAUGCCUGGGAGGGAGAGCAGAGUGUGUGUGAGCCUUACUCUGCGCCAGGCUCAGCCAGUUUCCAAGAUUCUGUAUGUGUGAGGAUAUGAAGUGAAAGUGAGGGCGAGACAGAGGUUGCAUCAGUAGAAUGGGGGACCCAUCCACAGUCUGCCCAAAGUGAAGGGUAGAGACAGACUCAGCUUGUGGGUCCAGAGAGGAUGUCCGCAGGGGAGCAUACUGAUAGGGGAACCAGGCAGGGCUAGAUUAAGAGCCCAGUGGGCCUGGUGCUGACAAUUAUGAUGGGGCCUAAUUACAGAAUUGUCACGGCCCCCGGCACGCCGCAAGGUGCGGUCGGACCGGUGUGACCGCGCCAACGAACUGAGCUUACCUGCUCAGUGGUGAGUCGGGAGCCGCUCUGCCGCCACACAAAUACACGUUCUGCAGUCAGAGGCCAGAAUGAUAUUUAACCUAGGUGUAACAGGACUACAAUUUCUGCCUGGACUCCUUUAACAAUACAUAACCUGGAUAUACAAAAGAACCGACUUGCUUGUUUCAUGCGAAAUACUAUUGCCCAAAAACGAAUCCAAACUACCCAACACCGGACCACCCUGAAGUGAAGUUAAGUGAUAUUUUACCUCCCAGACCGGCGCAGCCGUUCGCAUGGUUCAGCACGAAUCCUUUGUGUAAAGUAUAGGUGGCCGCCAUUUCAGGACUUUGCACGUGUUCGCGGCCAUCUUACGCACGAACAGCUGUGUUUUGCCAUCAAUCGUGUGGAACUAAAAACGGAUACGCAAACAGGCGAACACCGCUGAGACCUCCGUGACAACGUAGAUUCGUGCUGAAACUACCGAACAGCCAGCCGUUUGGUAGAAAGACUAAACCAUGCAUGGGGAUUCUGGCGAACGCCAAGAUAGCUGUGGAUGGCAAGAUUUUCGUGUGUUUUCAAUGCACGAACGGGGACCGACCGCAAGGCCAAAACUUGUUGAACUAUUUUUGGCUAGAAAGUCUGUGAUGGGGCCUGGAGACACUUGGGGACACUGGGAGACAUCCUUCACUUACCUGAGCUGUAGGCUGUCUCUGCAGGCUGGGAGCUGCUGUCUGUACUCUGUGCUGUGUAGUGCUCCCCCGCAGAUCAGUGAGUGGAGAGAGGCAGGGAGGGAUAUGCUGUAACUUCCUAUCCCUGCCUCUCUCCACACACAGUGACCCCUACUGGCUGGUGCUGGUAUUACAGAGUAAUCUCCAUUUAUACUGAGAAAAAUACCUGCCAUGUGAAAGCACAUGUAUUACUGCAAUACCGGCAUGGCCAGGCAGCCUCAAAUACCAGUCAGGUGGCAAACCUAAGAGUAGUAGUCUGUGUAAGGAAAACAAAGUAAAUUUUUUUAUUUUUUUUUAAAUGGGCCUGGGCCUGGAGCUGCAGCUCCACCUGCCCCUAUGUUAAUCCAGCCCCACUGGUGACUAUAGUGUCCCUUUAAGCGAGAUGUGUGUGUGUAUAACGGAUGUGUUCUGGGGGAGACUGUUUAGGUGAACCUAUAUAAUGUUGCUAAUGAGAUUAACCCUUGGAGUGCCUCAAUGUAGUGUAAAGUGUACACAGCAGUAGGUAGGUGACUAAGGUGAUUAAUCAAAGAAAACUUAAGCUAUAACAUAAAAUUAAAUUGCCGCAUGGGUGUAGAAGGACCUAGUAGAGCACCCUGGUGCCGGUUGUGACAGAGAACUGUGUCCUUGAGGCAUGCAGGUGAUUGGAGUGGCAUGUCCAUGUCAGCCAAUGCCUCGGGGUUGAAUCAUUUUGAGACUGGAGAAGUCAUUAUAGGUUGCAUUUUCAGUUGAAUCUGGGUUAACCACUGGAACAAUUUGUUGUGUUGAGCUAUUGUUUUUGUUUAAUGCGUUCAUUGCAAACAGCUGAAAGUCUGUAAGCCUGCUUUUCAGUGGGGGUUGAAUCAUUUUGAUUAGAACUGUAUGUAGUACCAGUGUGUAUUGCCAAAUACUCAGAAUCUAUAUUGUUUAUAGGAAGAAGGAUCAGAUGAAGAAGGCAAAUAAAGGGACAGAAGUGAAUGAGAAAAGGCUGUUUCAUGGGACCGACAGUACCUUCAUUACACCUAUUUGUCAUGAAAACUUUGACUGGCGAACCUGUGGGACUCAUGGUACCCUGUAUGGACAAGGUAAGUGUUGAAGCUUGUAGCAUGAUGAAAUGGUUUGGAAUACUUCAUUAAAGAUACACUCCAACCACCAUAACCACAACAGAGAGCUUUCAGUGUAAGUAGUCCACAAUUGUAGAAAGGUUUCACUUACCUGGUGUCUGCUAGAGCUGCUCUCCAUCCCAUUAAUUCUGAAUGAAAGCCAAAAGCUGGUGCGGGGCGGGACCGCCGAGCUGGACAGUCGCAAGCAGGAGCAGCUCCUGCAACAAAUCUAUGAUUCAACUGCAAAGACAUGCUAAAACAUGAUUUUUCACUUUAAUGCAGACCAACAGCGAGGGUGCCCAGAGCAAGGGGACUGCUGGGCCCAGGGAGAGGCUGGCUCAUCGGGCUUCAGUUCCCUGGGGGAGAGACUCACGUCGACCAAACUGAGGCCUUCUCCAGUGGUGAGUGGGGCGGACGGCCGCUGCCCUGCUAUCCUGCACCACAGACCCCAAUCAGAGGCUCAACCCUGAAUGGAUCCGGCCCUGUUCAAUCCCCUUAUGGACCGGGGGUGAUCCCGGUCCUCACCCCAUGGCCCGGACCGAGACAGCACAAUCGAGGCUGGGGUUGCCGGGCGCUGCACUUAAGAUGGCGGGCGCCAUGUGUGCAAGCGGCAGGGGGACCACCUGCUCCCUCCCCACGACCAUGGAUGGCAAAGUGGCUCCUGCCUCCUGACCCAGCAAUGAAGCAAGGCGGAGAAACACUCCUCUCCCCCCGAAGUCAAGCCAUCGCCACACUGCCCACAAGGCCCACACGAGCAGACAACAGCGGCAACGUUGAGGAGCCGGAACACUGCGCAACGAACACUCCCGUCUGGGGUCACUGAACAUGCAGCCAAGCAAGACACAUCUACGGAAGAACAGUCCCUGCAAACACUCUCCACCCAGACCGACCAGAGAAGACCCAGCAGGCUGCGAACCCACGAGAGUAACAUUCAAGCCUCCCACUAUGGCUGACAGCAACCUCAAGAGGAACGACAGAGGCUAGAGCAACACACCAUGACUGCAGCCCAGGAGAACUCACUGCGGAGCGGAGAUAGACUAUGCCUGGAAGCUUGCUGGGCCUGCUACGCCGGACACACAUUUGCUGCCACACAAACUGCAGUGCAGAUAUUGGACGGUGCUGGGACUCCUCCUGUCUGUGUGGCCUCAAGGCCGCCCAGAAGACGACACACUCCAGCGAGACAGCCCGUGUAACCCCGACCAACAAGGGUGAAAACUUUUAUAAAGUGACUUAAAUAGACACAACCUGAAUGUAACCCACAGUCUAACUGCAACAACAUUAGCACAAAUCUUGCAUCUCAUAUUGUUCUAGAUAAUUUACUGCAAACCAAUUAGUUUGAAUGACUAUCUGUUCCUGUCCAAAUUAAAGAUAAUAAAGUUGCGUGCACGCAGAAGUAAAUUCACACUGAGACACAAGGUUCAGGGUAAUGAAAGAACUUCAGAGAAGUUUAAUGGCUUCUGACAGAAAAUGGGUGCGCAGACCCUUAUAAAGGCAUUAUUACAUCAUUGAAGAAAAUCAAGAUAUAGACAAAUAGACAUUGUUAAUUGGCUUAGGUGCUAAGAUGUUAGUAAAAUGCCCUCCCCAUUCUUAGGUCACUAUCUACGUAAUUUCUUAACUCCUACAGGUUUUAGCGCCAUUUUGUUAAAAUGAGGAGCUCACUCGACGGGAGGGGCCUUUUGGCAGCUAUCCAUUUGGAGCGUAGCUGGCACUUGUUAGUUUCUCAAGGUUAAGUUUCAAGGAUUUUAGUAAAUACACAUUUUAUCAAAGCUAUUUCUUGCUGACAUGCAAAUUCUAUGUUCUAUAGACAAAGCUUCCUUGUAAAACUAUGGGGGCCUCUUAGAGGUAUAGCAAGGGGAUUUAAAGGGGCCUUACAAAUUUAUAGAGGCCUAAUAAUUCUACAACAGUCCCCCCUAAAAUGUUAUUUGCUAAAAGACAAAACUUUUUUAACUAUUUGUUAGUAUCAGAAGAAGUAUUAGCCCAAAGACACAGAAACCCCAUGACCGCUGACUUAGUGUUAAUGCAAAGUGCAAGUCUAUCCCUCUCUUGACCCUAACAGGCUGCAGCACAUCCGUCAGUACGGUUCAGGAACACUCUUCACUCCGCUGGUAACCCAUAGUGGCUUAUCCACUACUUCUCCGUACGGCAGUCUACCCAUAAAGACGGACGCUGUCCCUGUACUGUCCCUUCCUAGACUUUCUGCACUUCAUCAGUAUAAGGGAGAGUUUGUAGCGGAAUACAGGGUGAGAUGAGGUCUUGAUCAUCGAUUGUCAGAUGAGUGAAGGUUGGUGUUGCUUGGUCUACAGUUUUCUGCAGGAAUUUCCUUAGGCAUGGGAGGACACAACAAAUGAGAAGAGCGAGAAUAAAAAGAAAAAUUAGUAAGGCAAUACCAAUCUGGACUAAAGCUCUCUGCCAACCAGUCAUCCAACCAAACCAUUUUUCCCAGGGAUCAGUAACUCCAGAGUGUCUCUUUAACUCUUCUGAGAGUCUAUUUAAUUUAGCUAUGGCCAGAGUGACUUUACCAUUAGGACCUGUGUUUUCUGGAAUGUAAGUGCAACAAGUCAUAGUGUCGGGAAGUAUUUUACAGACUCCCCUUUUUCGGCUAAGAUUAUGUCUAAGGCCAGUCUGUUCUGGAAGGUCAUUUGGGAUGUGGCCUGUAAUUGCUCGGCCAAGCCCUGGAGGGCAUCCCUGGUGUAGUUCACGAAGCGCUGUUGGUUGUAAUAGAUAUAAUUAAUCCAAUUAAGGUUUUUGUUGGCAGUGACUAUGGUAAAAAGUGAUUCAAAACCUACAGCUACUUCAUCUCUAGCUUUAAAUUCAUUAGGUACCCCCCUAGGCACCCCAAUGGCAUCUAUGUAAAUGUGGGGGUCAAAACUGCCUUUUACUGGGGUUUCGCGCCUUACUCUGGCUGAUGUAUGUGGAGGGUCGUAUGUGUCAUGAUGAUUAUCAGAAAUAAUAUGAAUGGGCAUGAUAACUUUGGCCAGGGUACACUCACCCCACCACUCAGUUUCCAGCCUAGAUCUUAACUGUAGAUCCCCACAUAACCAGUAAAUAUCCCCCAAUGACCUGGUAUGGUGUUGCAACAGGCGUAUAGGAACAGUUCUGUAAGUGGCGCAAUAACCUUUAGAAAAAUUACCCAUGAAUUUACCAAUCCCGUCAUACAUGGCAUAACAAGUGUAAUUACCUCUAUAGACUGUGAUUCCAUCUGGUGGCUUAACAUUUUCAACUAAGAGAGGGUAUUCUGCCGUCCAUGCCAUGCAGAGGGACCUAUUAAAGUCAUAUUGGUAGGCAAAAAGGCUUAAGAAGCAAUCUUCUAUCUCUAAAGGGAGAAUUAGGGGGACGGUGCCAAGGUGGGGUCGGGCACCGCCACAUACAUAACAUGCUGUUUUAUUAUGUUUGUUGGCAUUAUACCUCAUCCAUUCUAACCACAAACUAAUGUCAUUGAAUCCAGUUUCAGCGGCCAUGGUAUCUUCAAAAGUGGGGUUAGCGAUGGCCAUCAUAUCUUUAAAGGACUGGAUAUGUGGUUUUAGCGGAUUUGGGACCAUAUGAUCAGCCCCUUGCCACUCUGGAGAGUGGGACAUAUCUCUGAGGUAGAAAUGACCUAAUUUGUUGUAGGAACCUUUCUUCCAAUACAUUCCCAUUACAUAUCGGUCUGCAUCCUCGGGGCCAGGAUGUUCAAUAUUUAACAUUAAUUUCAUAGGGGUACUUCCUCCAGGCUUUCUUAAAGUCAUUCUUUGAAGGAGGGAUCUACCCUGAUUGUCUAUCUUAGAUAAAGCACUUUUGGGUUUAUAACCCCAGGCAGGCCCAGUAUUCCAUCCCGCAGCCCCCCAGUAGUUACAGUCAUAACCCCAUUGUUCAUCUACUACACAAACGUAAGGGUCUUUUGCUUGUGGUAUAUCUUUAUAAAUGGCUUGAAUCUGUGACUUAGGGAAUGGGCACUCUACAAUAUCAAAAGUGAAUGUAGCCACAUGGGUACAUGAUGAAUUAUACCAGAAAGUGUACCCACUAUUAUACCAGAAAGUGUACCCACUAGCAUCUUUGGUGAUGGCCACCUGCUGGGCUUUAAGGAGGCCAACUAAGGAGAUAAUGUACCAGAGGCACAUGGUUGCAUAGAGUUAGCUUCCUCUGGGGCAGGUGUCUUCUUGCAGUGGGAAGCGUGGAUCCAUGGAUCCAGUUAGGCCUUCCGGCCAAUUUGACAGAGGUAGGGGAGAUCAGGAGAACUUGGAACGGUCCGUCAAAUCUCGGUUCCAGGGUGUGUUUUCGCACAAAUUUCUUGACCAGAACCCAGUCACCGGGGAGCAGACUGUGGUUGCCUGUGUCAGAAUCAGGAUCACUGCUUUGUGGGUGAUAAGGUGUGUGGAAGGCAAGGGUCACUCCUAGGGCGGCCCAAAUCUCUUUGGUUACUGAUGCUGUGAAAGCUGGGCCUUGGUCACUUUCAAUGACUUCUGGUAAUCCAAACCUACAUACAAUUUCUGUAAGUAGCCGUCUUGCUGUUGUUUUUGCGGUGAUGUUAACCACUGGGUAGGCUUCUGGCCAGCCUGAGAACAUGUCUACUAUUACUAGUGCAUAUUCGAAGUUGCCACUCUUUGGCAUCUGGAUGUGGUCUAUCUGAAUUCUUUGAAACGGGUACAUGGGCUUGGCCAAGUGUUUUGGAGGGACUUUAGUCAUUUUCCCCGGAUUGCACUUGGCGCAGAUGACACACGUCUUGCAGUAAUUGCUGGCUAGCGUGGUAAUUCCAGGGGCCUCAUAGUACUUCUGUACAAGGGCAAUCAUCAAAUCUUUUGAUAGGUGUGCAGGGCCAUGUGCCCACUGAACAACUGCUGGGUAUAGAUUCUUAGGAAGGCAGAAUCUGAGAUUGUUGUAAUACACUCCAUCUCUUAGAACUGCCCCUUUCUGUUUCCACUUCUGUAUUUCUUCAGGGGCAACUGUAGCCUGUUGUUCCCGCAGGAUUUUCAGGUCAGUUGGAAGAGUCUGCAGAGUAAAUAUGGGAGUCUCUUCAUUUCCGGACACUCUUCUUUCCACUUCCUGUGGUUCUCUUGCAGCUUGUUUUGCAGCCUGAUCAGCUAGAUGGUUGCCCUUUGCUUCAUCUGAGUCCAACUUCCCAUGUGCUUUUAUCUUCAAAAUAGCCACUUCUUCUGGGAGUAGGAGGGCGUCCAUCAGCUCCUUGAUUGCGGAACCGUGCUUGAUUGGUGUACCGGCGGUAGUAAGAAAUCCUCUUGUUUUCCAAAUUAAUCCGAAGUCGUGAGCCACGCCCAGUGCAUAUCUUGAAUCCGUGUAGAUAUUGGCGCGCUUUCCUUCAGAGAUCUUGCAUGCUGAAGUCAGGGCUUGCAAUUCAGCUUCUUGUGCAGACAUAGUUGAUGGUAAAGAUGAUGAUUUGACAAUUUCAUCUGUUGUGGUUACGGCAUAUCCUGUAUGGUAUCUUCCUUCUUCAUCAGCAUAUCUUGAGCCGUCCACAAACAGGGUGAGAUCGGGAUCUACCAAUGGGUCUUCAUGCACAGUUGGUAGAUGUGUUGUUUCCAUUUUCAUCUGUUCAAAACAGUCAUGAGGUGUAUCUGGGUCGUAUUCAUUCACUAUGGUUAAAUCUUGGAACUUAUUUUCCAGGAAAUGACGUGGCCAUGCUUUUAGGGUCAGUUGUUGGAUAUUUGACAACACCAUUUUCCUGUAGCUGUGAUUCGUCCAUAGUGGCCCAUGCUUUUGCCAUAGGCCCAAGAUCAUUCCAUGAUAUUGUUUUCAACUUGGUCACAGGGACAUGUGGAAUGGCAGUGUCCCAAUGACGGUACAAAUGCUUGAGUUCCGGAGGUAGAUGAAUCAAGACCAUACUGUUGCCUUCAGAAUCACAGUAGAAGUCUUGUGCAGUGAGUUUUACUUCAACCAGCUUAUAGAGUUCAUCUUCAUAGCAGGGUUCAGGAGUGAUGUUUGGUUUGUACCACAUGGUACAGAAGGCAUGUCCUGCUCCGUCAUGAAGGAGUGCUUGUCCAUCAUAAAAGGAUAGGUUGGGAUGCAUUUCCUUCUUGAUGGUGCCAGUGAGAAGAGAAACAUACAUUUCGUCCAUGAUGAAUCCGUAGUAUACACCCCCCUCAGGGAGUGGCAGAAGAGUGGACGGAUUGAGAACUUGACAUCUUUGGAGGGUAAUGUUGUCAGGCAACAAAAGAUGACAUUGAAGGCGAAGAUGCCUGGCAGGAGUAACAUGCUUAAGCUGGACCUGGUUGACUAUGGCAGAAAUGUCAUGAGGGGCCAAGACAACCAGGGGGUGGCCAAGGACAAGAUCCCCAGUUCUUUCAAUGAGCUCUCUGGCAGCAAAGACGGCCCGAAGGCAAGAGGGACGUCCUCUGGCCACAAUAUCCAGUUGGCAGGAGAAAAAUCCAAUAGGCCUUUGGCGGCCUCCAGGACCAUGGGCCUGAGUGAGCACUCCUGUUGCAUGGCCUUGUCUUUCAGAAACAAACAGUUUGAAGGGUUUGGUAUAGUCUGGUAGGCCAAGAGCAGGAGCAGAAGCAAUAGCACUUUUGAGAGAACAGAAGUUGUCAAGGGCUUCUGUGGACAAGCAAAAUGGGUCUGACUUGAGAGCAUCAUAAAGAGGUUGCAUAAGGAGCGAGGCUUCUGGGAUCCAUGCUCGGCAAUAGGAAAUGAGGCCUAGGAAGGCGUGUAGUGACUUCGAGGUCCUUGGAGGUGGAAUGUCCAGUACCGCUCUAACUCGGUCACGGGUAAGAUGUCUGGUUCCCUGAGACAGACAAUGGCCAAGGAAGAUAACAGUAGGUUGGCAGAAUUGCAGCUUGAGACGUGAAGCUUUACAUCCUUGUUCUGCUAGGUAGCAAAGAAUAUUAAGUGAGCAUUGUUCUGUUGUGGGUAUAUCAUCUCCACAAAGCAGCAAAUCAUCCACAUAUUGAAGCAGGACGACCUCAGGGUGGUCAGAUUGCCAUGGAUCAAGGAUAGAGCACAUGGCCUUCGCAAAUUGACUUGGUGAAUUUUGUGCCCCUUGGGGCAUGACAGUCCAUGUGUACUGUUGUUUUUCAUGUGUGAAAGCAAACAGAUAUUGGCAAGUUGGAUCCAGGGGAACACUGAAGAAGGCAUUGGCCAGAUCAAUGACAGUGAAGUACUUGGCAGAGGGUGGAACGCCGGAAAGGAGAGUGUGUGGGUUGGGCACUAUUGGAGUGUCCAAAACUGUGGCUUCAUUUACCGCUCUGAGGUCUUGGACCAAUCUGUACUUUUCUGGUUCGCCUUUUGGAGUCUUUUUCUUUACUGGAAAUAAUGGAGUAUUGCAUGGUGAUUCACAUUUGACAAGAGCACCCUUCUCCAGGAGUGCUUGAAUUUGAAUUGUAAUGGCUGCAGCUUGAGCUGGUUUCAAAGGAUACUGUGAUUUUCGUGGCAAUUUUACGCCUGGGAUGAGCUUUACCACCACAGGCGGGACCUUUAGAUGGCCUAUGUCCUCUGGGCCUGUGGACCACAGCUUCUUGGGAACAUCAGUCUUUAGUGAAUCAGGGAAAUUAGUCCUUAGGUCUUUUGCAUCCCCAUGAGGCUCUUCUAGAUGUAGGGGGUAAGGAGCACAAAGCUAUCAGGGGUAAGGAGCACAAAGCUGAGGUGUCUGAGACAGAUAGAGGGGUGGAUAGUUCCACUUGUCCAUCUGGAGUAAAGGUGAUGGAUGCCUGCAGGCGUGAAAGAACAUCAGCUCCUAACAGGUUAAUGGGGCAUGUGGAAGAUACCACAAAGCGAGCAAGCAAGUUGUGGCAGUUACCAACCCGCAGUGGGGUGGACAGGGGACUUUGCCUUGGAAGGCCGUCCACCCCAACACAGGAGACAUCAAUAUUGGAAAGAAAUGAGGUAUCGGGCAGGUCUUGUUCUCUCAGAACACUUCGGGCUGCACCUGUGUCAACUAGGAAAGUGGUGGGCUGGCCCUCAAUGGGUAAAAUUACAGUAGCUAGAGGCCCCCCUUGUUCCCCUGAAGACACUGCCAUGGCAGGGGCAUUAAGCAUCAGCGGGUUUGCUCUCCUCAGUAUGGGCUGUGUUACUGACUCAAACCCCUUUUGUAUGUCAUUAGCCAUAGCUUUUUGCAGUCUGAACAUGUCUAUCAUUAUAAAUAAUGGUUAAUAGUAAGUUAAGUAAAGUUCCUAUAUGUCUUUGGAUAAAACAUUAACUAUUGCGGUACUAUCAUUUAUAUCAAUUAGACUAUAACAAUUAUACCACCCUGUAACUAAGUAAACAACCAGUAGUGGCUGGGUUAAUAAAACAUGUCACAAACCCUUCUAAUGCUAAACCAUCAUUUAACGUAAAGGAUGUUACUGUAAACAUAAGAUCUGUAACCAACAAGAUUCGAUUAAGUAAAGAUACAAUGUUUAAAAUAACUUGCAUUAUUUGGCUAUUUCCCUUGUUGCAAGAUUAAUCUGGAUAAUCAGCUGUUAUGUUCUUAUAUUCGUGUCCAACAGAUUUCAUAUGUAGGUCACACCACAUUUGCAAAUUACAUUUUAGCAACCUUCUUUUUUUUUUUUUUUUUAUCACGGACAAAUUUCUGAUACAGGGAAACAAAUGACAUGAUUGUUUUAGUAAUUAUAAUGUUUCUGUUCAUAAUAUGUAGAGUGUAAGGAAAACAACAUGUCUCUAAAUGGGACGAGCAUAAUAGGGGUAGGCCUCAUGAUGGAGGCAGCCAUGACAGGGGCGGGGAAGGAAAUGACAGCAAGGGAGGAAGUGAGAGGGGUGACGUCCAUGAUAUGUGUGGGAAAGGAAGACAGGAGGUGUGGGCAUGGUAAGGGCGGAAGUGACGUUACUUUAGAAGCAACCGUGACUGUGGAUAGGUCACGGGACUGGCAGGCGCCAUCUUUAGGGUGGUGGUUGACGUACUUUCAACCAUACACUAUAUUAAAACUAUUAAAAUAAGUCAGAGAAGCAACAUUCUGUUCUGCAAAAUGGAAUACUAAACUAUGAACAGACCUGGCAGGUUAAAUAAGACAGUUGAAAACAUUAUGCAUUUAACAGCCCAUACAGCUGUCUUCUAGAAACAUGUUCUUUAAAAUGAUGCAAGAUAAACUCGCGGAAUUCAACCAAAUUCCCUUAUCUUCCUCAAACCAUUAAUCACUUUCCUCCUCUUAUACUGACUUAACAACAUCGCAUAUUCCCUCUACACCUUCCUAAAUCCCGUAUUCAACACUGAAUGCAAUCUUGUGAGCUCGUCACUCCCACAAUCCUCAGUACCUUAUACUCUUAUCAGUAGCUUCUGAAUAACUCUACAGAACACCGAAGAGACAGACCUAAAUCGCAAGCAUGUCACCCCCCCCGCGUCUCACAGAAGCGAGGGGAGGGGGGGUGUUUUAGCAGAGGGGGAUUUGAGUGGAACAAGAGAGAGACUGCCUGCCAGCACGAAUUUAACCAUGUCAACGCUGUACAGUAACAAGACAGAAGGACAAUUACAUUACAAAGCAAAGAGACACAAAAACACAACAUUUCAUUUAUACCCCCACCCUCUACCAGGGUAAUGGCUAACACAAAAUACAAAAACCCCCACAGCGUUUUAAGAUUGGGGUGGGAUGGUGACCAUGGUCAGCUACAUUUCGGUCAUUACUGACAGGAUGAUGGAAGUGGUCACCUCCUGGACAGGGCACUGCUGGGAUAACUUCCCAGUAACACAAUUAUUAUGAUAUACAUACAAUCUUAAACCUUUGUGAUCAAUAUCUUCCUCAACCUAUCCCUUUUGCUGAAUAGCUCUUGCUACUCGGUACCAGACUUCUGCUGUACAAACCAAAUCUUGGUCCGACAGCUUCCCUUUCUUCUGUCAGUAACUUACGCCAGCUCUCUGGCUACAAUCUGCCGCACAGAGGUACGGUAAUUCCACAUACUUUAGCAAUCUUACUCACUUUCUUAACCAUCUCUUCUCCUUCUCUGUCUUCCACUAGAUCACAUGCUAACCAACCCUUACUGGGUUUAUCUAACUUCUGUCCCAUCCUCCCUAUACAAGGCGUCCCAGAUAUAGAGAGAGAAAGGAACAGAACGUCUACCGUGCUCGACUGCUACUUUAAGAGCAAGCUCUUUAAGUACGUCUUCCCAAAACGUAGACUAGUCACUGAUUCCGCCUACCCGUGGUAGCCGCGGAUUGGAGCGUGGCGAGAAGUGUGUGACCAAUCACUUCUCUCAACAAAGAGAAAGAGAAAUAGGAGGGGAAAGUGUAAAUAGUACAGUGAGUAAGAUAGAAGUAAACACAGGAAUCUGUGUGACAGACAAUUAAGACAAUAACAUUUCAGUGUAAAUACAGUGAAUGCAUCACAGUUCAAAUAAGUUCAACAGUUUUAUCCCUUGCCUUUACUCGUGUGGCCAAAAGCCACCUCCCUCAACCUCGUAGUGUCCCUGUUGCGGACCCACCCGCAAGUCUCACUACCAGCAGCCACAGGAAACAGCAACAGCUUCCAACCCGAAUCCUGUAUAGCCUAAAGAAUUGGAAUCUUACCUGCCUCAGCGCUCGAGGCUGGAAUUUUACCAAGAAGAAGUGUCCGAUGAGGCUAGCUAAGCGGUCAAAAUGACACUCUGGGGAACCCCCAGGAAGCAAUGAGUCUACAUCAUCCUCCACAGAUUCCCCCUACUCUUUUUCCUUACAGCCACAGCCACGUGGCUCCUAAAAGAGUUAAACAGGCAAUAGAGGACCCCCAGGAAAACUUCCACAGGUCCACCCCCCUUUUUCCUUACUACCACAGGCAUGUGGUACCUAAAAGGAGUUAAACAGGCACUUACACUCCCCGGGUACUAAGUUAAACACAUACCAAUACAAACACACCCAGGCAACAGAUAGUCAACAUGCAGGUAAACUAGGUAUCAUUAACAAUACAAAGACUCUGGGCAAGUUAUUACCUGACUUUGAUGUCCUCUCGGCAGCAGUCACAGACACUGGGGCAGGUCAAUCACAGGGGUAGGAACAUACCGGCUAGGUGCUGCAGCAAUCUCUACCGUGUAUUCAGAGGUGAUCAGGCUCUUUUCCUUCCCCCAGGAUUCAGCCCCCCCAGCGUCUUCUUGGACAGCUGCCCAGACUGGACAUAGCCCAGAGCCCCACGUUGAGCGCCAAUUGUUCUAGAUAAUUUACUGCAAACCAAUUAGUUUGAAUGACUAUCUGUUCCUGUCCAAAUUAAAGAUAAUAAAGUUGCGUGCACGCAGAAGUAAAUUCACACUGAGACACAAGGUUCAGGGUAAUGAAAGAACUUCAGAGAAGUUUAAUGGCUUCUGACAGAAAAUGGGUGCGCAGACCCUUAUAAAGGCAUUAUUACAUCAUUGAAGAAAAUCAAGAUAUAGACAAAUAGACAUUGUUAAUUGGCUUAGGUGCUAAGAUGUUAGUAAAAUGCCCUCCCCAUUCUUAGGUCACUAUCUACGUAAUUUCUUAACUCCUACAGGUUUUAGCGCCAUUUUGUUAAAAUGAGGAGCUCACUCGACGGGAGGGGCCUUUUGGCAGCUAUCCAUUUGGAGCGUAGCUGGCACUUGUUAGUUUCUCAAGGUUAAGUUUCAAGGAUUUUAGUAAAUACACAUUUUAUCAAAGCUAUUUCUUGCUGACAUGCAAAUUCUAUGUUCUAUAGACAAAGCUUCCUUGUAAAACUAUGGGGGCCUCUUAGAGGUAUAGCAAGGGGAUUUAAAGGGGCCUUACAAAUUUAUAGAGGCCUAAUAAUUCUACAACAAUAUGGUAGACAGGUACUUGGCCACAUAGCUUGAAAUUGAUGUCAUAUGUUUAACAAUAUACCAGCUAAUUUAACUUGUGUUCACUGCAUAAGUAUAUCACUAAUGAUAUUAUUUCAAUAUGGUUCCUGAAAACGUUUAACACCUGGCAGUCGCAGCAAUGUUAUGCCAAAUGUCCCUGCUUUACUCAUGUUCCAUUACCACUCAUGUUUUACUACUACCUAUUUGCACUUUAAAUAUAAAAGCAUGCGAAUGUCUCUACAUACCCCACUGUCACAAAUGUUAUUGGUAUAAGCGAGUGGAAUGCCUUUGGGGUACCACAAGCAUGUCUGUUAAAAAAAAGAAAGCCAAAAGUUGGUAAGCAGAAGCCUCCACUGGUUCUACUGAGCUAAGCUCUAGCAAACAGUGACAGUUGCUGGGCUUAGUUCAGUCAGAAAGCUUUUGGCUCUCUAUUGGAAGUAGUGGAGGCAGGGAGCUGCAUCCGCUGGACCCCAGGUAAGAAGGCAAACCAUUCUAAAACGGUUGACUACUUAAAAUGGUCGAGGCAUCAUGGUACUCCUGUAGUAGUUAUGGUGCUUGGAGUGCUCCAUUAAACAAUAAAGUAAGAGAACCAGAUGGACCUUUGUAAGUCUUUGUAUUGGCUUCCCAUGGUCUAGAAUACAUUAGCUCUGCAUUUGUAAUAUAUAUAUAUAUAUAUAUAAACACACAUAUACACACACACACACACACAUACACAUACACACACUCACUCUUGCUCGGAUGGUCAGCAAGUUGUAGUAGUAUUUGCAGGAUUUCCAGAUCUAUUUAUAAUACUGCUCUCGCUUUUUACCUUACAGGAAGUUACUUUGCAAGAGAUGCCUCUUACUCUCAUAACUAUUCACCAAAAAACAGUGAUGGUAAAAGAACAAUGUUUGUGGCUCGUGUGCUAAUAGGAGAUUUUAUUACUGGGAAUUCUACUCUAAGACGACCACCAUCCAAAUCUGGGAGCAUGACCCACUUUUAUGACAGCUGUGUGGACAACAUAUACCAACCGACCAUCUACGUGGUGUUUGAAAAACAUCAGAUUUAUCCAGAAUACCUUAUAGAGUAUAAAGAGGAGGAGAAGAAGUCCUGCUGCAUUAGCUAAACGUGUCAAUGUCUGACUUAAUGGAACGACUGUAUGAAGCAAAAAUAUCAGGAGAAUAAAUACUGCAACAUUAUUUAAAUACUUUAAAUAUAUUUGCCACUUUCCCUAAAGAAGUUAAACUGUUUAUGUAUAAAUUGUGAUGUUCAAUAGAAAUUAUGAACAUAGUAUCUAAACCAUGCUCUCCUCAAAAUUGGCUAUUGUUGCCACCAUGCACCAUGAAAUCACAUUCUUAAAGGGAUUCUCCAGUGCCAGGAAAACAAAUCCGUUUCCCUGGCACUAGAGAAUCCUGGAGUCCCCUCCCGCCCCCCCUAUGGGGAAAUACAAAUAACUAUAUAUGACACAGGUCUUAUGGCUUAUAUGCUGACUCUCUCCUCCUCCUUUGUGGCUCAUAAGAACACAAUAUCACAUAUGGAGGGCUUGUUCAGAAGCCAGUGUUCUGUGUAUAUAGAAACAAAAAAUUUAAAAUGCUCUCACGCAAAAUAGUUUUUGAGCGUGAGCGUUUAGCUAGAGAAAUAGUUAACAAUGUUAAAUAUGCACUUAACCAAAUCGUAAAGAGAGCAAGUGUUUAUUAUCAAAGCCUGUUGGCUAAACCUAUAUUAGAGACUGAUAUCCACAUUAUUCUGGUAAUUAACAUACCAAACCAUCUCACCUAACUUCUUAACAGUGCGAUAAUUCCCUUACAUUGGCAAAUAAAUGAAUAGCGCCAGAUAUUGAAAUGGUACAACUAUAAUGGUUUCCAUAAAUCAGUCAGAGGUUUAGCCAAUAGGCUUUGAUAAUAAACACCUGCUCGCUUUACUAUUUAACAUUGUUAACUAUUUCUCCAGCUAAACGCUCACGCUCCAAAACUAUUUUGCGUGAGAGCAUUUUGAAUUUUUCAUUUCUAUUUUCAAUAUAGGGGUUAAGCCCCGAGACAUUACUGGAGGGUCUCUCUGGUGAUCUAAUUUAGUAAGGGUGGACCUGCAAGCACUGCCCACCUUAGCUGAAUAUAUUUUGAUAUUCAGUGAUCGGUGUACACCUGUUAUCCAACUGCUUAAAGACUGCACUGACAUCCCUCCAAGACUACUGGCUGUACAGAAUGGCAAAAGUUACAAUACAUGUGUCUCUAAACACAAAUUAUGCUUGCUAUACAGAAUAUAUACAGCUUUGAUACUUUUUGUAGCAAAACUGAUAAGGGAUUGCUCUUUCUCUUCCUGUGAAAUUAGUUGUGUAUUAGUUAAUAAACAAUACACAAGAUCCAGCGCACUCUCCUAUCUACUAAACAGCAACUUCAAUGUUGACAGAUUUGAUUAUUUUUUUUUUAAAGUUUUUUCUAAAGGUUUUUUUAAAAAACACCUAAUCUAGGCAAAAAAUAAUGGGGAUUUAGUUACAUUAUAUGAUCAUACAUCACCCCAUAGUUACAUUAUAUGAUCAUAGCAGCACCCCAUUUAAGCAUGUUCAGGUGAGUGCAACCACCCCCCAUGUUUCAUAUAUAUAUAUAUAUAUUUGGGAAUCUAGCCAACUCCGUGGUUUUGCAUCCCUCCCUGUUGCAGGUGCCUCAUUUCAGGUCUCUAUUUAGCCUUGUACCGCCUCAGAGAGCCUCAGAUGGAAAGUGAGUGAGUUAUUCACAUAAAAGUAGACAUUAGACUGUGAGAGUAGAACCUGCCAAAGAUGGGGUACAUUGAAGUUGUGGCAGGCUUAUACAAUGUAUGAUCAUAUAAUGUAACUAAAUCCCCAUUAUUUUUUGCCUAGAUUAGGUGUUUUUAAAAAAAAAAAAACCUUUAGAAAAAACUUUAAAAAAAACGAAUAAAAUCUGUCAACAUUGAAGUUGCGGUUUAGUAGAUAGGAGAGUGCAGUGGAUCUUGGGUAUUGUUUAUUGUAUAAUAUGGCCCCCAGCAGCACGCCAUUUAAGCAUGUUCAGGUGAGUGCAACCACCCCCCCAUGUUUCAAAAAAUGAGUUAUAUGUAGAAGGUUUGCUAUAAUUAAAGGAUCACUAUAGUGUCAGGAAAACAAAGCGGUUUUCCUGACACAAUAGUGCUCUGAGGGUGUCCACCUAUGGACGCUCUGCACGAUGGAGUCAUAAUAUGCCUCCAGCGUCACAGAUGCGCCUCUAGUGGCUGUCCGGAAGAUCGCCACUAGAGGCUGGCUUAACCCCAAAUGUAAACAUAGCAGUUUCUCUGAAACUGCUAUGUUUGCAUCUGAAGGGUUAAAACCUGAGGGACCUGAUACCCAGACCACUUCAUUGAGCUGAAGUGGUCUGGGUGACUAUAGUGUCCCUUUAAUGAAUACUAAACGAAUAUUGUUGAACAUCUAGAGCGUGUGGAUCAUGUAUACCUGUCUUCAGCCUUUGUAUAACUUCUGCAUAUACCAUGAUGCACCCCUGGUGUCUCAUCCAUCAAGUGACCUUGUUCGGUUUUUUUUGUUUGUUUGUUUUUCACCACUGCCUUUCUACUUUGUUUUUUUUUC